GUACACACAAAGCAUACACUACCCUACACAGUACACACACACACACCUCCAUUCCUCGUAAAUUUCGCUUCCGUCAGCACGAAAGAGAGAGUUAUAGAAUGGCGUGAAAUAUUUCUUGUUUAUUCCACUGUCUCUCACUUUCCUGCAAACUUUUUCCCUCACUUUCUCGGGAAAAUUUCCGCAACCGAGUCUGGACGGUUUCCGAGGUCAAAUUAGACAGCCAAGACAUGUAUAAGAACCAAUUACAAGAGUUAGCUCAGAGAAGCUGCUUUAACCUACCAUCAUAUUCAUGCAUCCGGGAAGGACCAGAUCAUGCCCCUCGAUUCAAAGCUACUGUGAAUUUUAAUGGCGAAACUUUUGAAAGCCCUACCUUCUGCUCUACUCUAAGACAGGCAGAACAUGCUGCUGCUGAGGUAGCUCUGAACACACUUGCAGUAAGAGGCCCUUCUAGAGCGUUGGCUGCAAGAGUUCUGGAUGAAACGGGAGUUUAUAAGAAUUUGCUUCAGGAGACUGCUCACAGAGCUGGGUUAAAACUUCCUGUUUAUAGCACUGUUCGAUCUGGACCAGGCCAUGUUCCUGUUUUCUCAUGUACGGUUGAGCUUGCAGGAAUGAGCUUUACAGGUGAACCAUCUAGGACCAAGAAACAAGCUCAAAAAAAUGCUGCCAUGGCUGCUUGGUCUGCCUUAAAAAAAUUGCCUCAAAGUCACUUAUCUUCCCCUACUUCUCCAUCACUGGAGUCUAAAGCCAAUGAAGAACAGGAACAAGUGACCAUUGCUCGUGUUCUUGCAAGUUUACGACCAUCAGAGUCUAGUCAGUCUGCGGAAAAUUAUCACCGACGUGGUCAGCAAAGAUCCACUCCCGUCUUAUGGGGAUCAACCCAGCCAACCCCAAGCUUAUACCCUAUGCGAUGCCAGAACUGGGCAUACUCUAGUUUUUCCCCGGAGAUGGCCAUGUACCAAAUCUGGCAGCAAGAACAAUUUUUACAGCGGCAAAACCACCUGUUGGCACUUACCGUUCCAGCAGUUAGUCCAUCAGCUCCUCAGAUUUAUCCGUUUGUGCAAUCCAUGCUCCAGCCAGACCACUGUCUAUAUUUUCCAGGAAGAGAACUCGAGUCAAUCCCAAUGGGACCCAAAAUUACAAUUGCUACCUCAGGCCCAUCAUUCUGCUUCUCAAACCAUUUGGUUCCUAGUUCAAUCAGGGGCCGGUCCACGGUAACUAUUCAAGAGAUACAGGAGGAGAAAUCAGAAGAGUCAUCCAAGUACUCUCCAUCUCGAGUUCCUGAAGCCCCUAGUGUUGGCAACAGUGGUGGUACUGAACCGCAAAUCCCAGAAACAGUUCAGGGGGAUAACAAGCAGAGCUUUAGUGGGAUAGAAAGCAAAAUUAGAAAUCUUCAGCUAGAAGGGAACCAAACAGGACAAUUUGAAUAUGCUUCUCAUAGGAGCAUCGAUUCUGGAUUUAAGCCGAUUGAGUUUCAAUUACAAAACCCUUCAUGUAUGUACUCUUCUUGGCCUAAUCUCAGACCCCAAUAUCCACCAAGAGGAAGUUCCCACAGUACUUUUCGACCACCUUCAUCUGCAGGUGCUCCGGUGAGGAUCAAAACCGUACGCCCCAAUUCGUUGAUGGGAUUUAGACCACAAAACAUGUCAUCGCCUGGGGCUGCUCCGCCAAGAAUGCGAACCGGGGUUCCUUCAUGUUCAACCAGACCACCUGAAAGAUUGGACCUUGGAGGAGUGCCUCCUGCUUUCAUGGCACCAGCUGUUCGAAUCAGAUCGGUUGUGCCAGUCUGCUCAGCUCCACCGGUGAGAAAGAUGCCGAGCUCCGCUGCCGAUGGAGGAUCAGAAAACAAGGAAAGAAAGAUUUAGAACUGGAAGAUUUGUCAAGAGCAGGUUGAGAGUUCGGGAAGCCUAGGAUAUGAAAGUAGUAUAGAUACUAAAAGAACAAGAGUCUCUCUUUCUCUUGUAUUUUCACUAUGCAAAUUAUGGUGGUUUUUGAGAGGCCAUUAAUGCUUCAUAGUAAUUAGAAUAAAUGGCAGUUUGAUAAUCGGUGUAAAUGUGAAUUUUAUAUUGCUUGAGCUUUAUCAGUAUUGAUCCAUUUAUUUAUUUAUUUC